AUGCUGCGGCUUAGUCAAACAUUCCUCAAGAUUGCCUGGCGUGCGGUCCCGGACCGCACACACUACGACGUCUGCGUGAUUGGCGCGGGCGCAGGCGGGAUCGCCGCCGCCCUCCGCGCCGUGGAUUUCAACAAGAAGGUCUGCCUUAUCGAGUCCGAUCGACUGGGCGGGCGCGAUCUGUGGAAUGGGACGCUGCACUCGAAAACGAUGUGGGAGUUCUCCUUCGCGCUUGUGAAGAUGCGCGGGGAGGCCGCCAAGCGGCUCUACGGCGAGCCCGUGGACAGCUACGUGGAGCUGGAUGAGGCCCACAUGCGCAACUCGAUGGACGAGAUCAGCCGCACCCGCGAGGCGCAAAUCAUGAAGGCCCUGAAGGCAAGUAAGGUCCGCUUCGUGCAGGCCCACGCGAGUUUUGUGAGCGACCACGAGGUGGUCUGCCACCACCCCCCCACCCGGGCCUUCCACCUGAUCACGGCGGAUUAUUUCGUGAUCGCGACGGGGUCGACCCCGCGGCGCCACCCCACCGUCCCCAUUGACGGCCGCCUCGUCGUGACCUCCGACGAGAUCAUGCGGCUGCCACUGCCGAAAAGCCUCGUUGUGAUCGGCGCCGGCAUCCUUGGCUGCGAAUUCGCGAGUAUUUUCUCUCGUUUGGGCCGCACGAAAGUGUUUAUCAUCGACAAGGAGACCAGCAUCCUCCCUGCGGAGGACGACGACGUCGUCCACGUGGUGGAAAAGCAGAUGAUUGCGGACGGGGUCACCAUUCACCACGACUCCAAACUGCACGACCUCCAGCUCUUGGAAGACGACGGGGAUGGGACUGAGAAAGGGGUGCAGUACACCCUUAUCAACCGCUAUACCAAAGAGCUGACCACCCAUCAGGUGGACCGGGCCCUGCUCUCCAUCGGGCGAUGGCCGAACUACACCCACCUCAGCCUCACAAACACCUCCGCGAAGACCCAAGAUGGCAAACUCGUCGCGAAUCAAUUCGGCCUCUGCGAGAAUACGCAAAACAUCUACGUCGUCGGCGACGCCGCGGCGAGGAAGUUCCGCGUCUGCGUGGCCGAGGCGAUGGGCAAGCUGGCCGUGGAGCAUAUGUACUGCCCGCGAUUGGAGUCCCUCAAGACCCCGCCCCAGAUCAUCCCCAAACUGGCCUUUUUCUCCCUCGCGAUCGCGUCGGUGGGGCUCGGUGAGAAGGACUGCAGGGAGCGCAACGUCGCCUACAUCGCCUGCCGGUAUGGCUACGACUUGGUGAGCCGCACCGUCGCCGCGGCGAGCACCGACGGGUUUAUUAAAAUUCUCGUCUCGCGGGAGAUGCCGCACCACAUUCUCGGGCUCCGCGCGGUCGGCCUGGGUUCGAGCACGCUCGUUGACCUCGCCACGCUCGCCCUUCAGCGAAGGCAGACGAUUUACGACCUGGUUAACCGCCUGACCGCCUAUCCCGCCCUCUCCCAGGCCUUUCAGGAGUGCCUGCACGCGAUUCUCGGGACGUCGGUGCUGCGGCCCGGCACCUUCGACAGCAUCACCCUCACAGAGUGGAGCCCGGACAACUUUGAACGCGGCGUGGCCUACCAAAAAAGCCUCCGCGCGCAAAAGGGCAGAAAUCCGACAAACCUGGACGAUUGA